AUACUAGAGGAAUGUAAAGAUAUAAAGUGGCACUUUAUUGGACACUUACAGAGAAACAAAGCUAACAAAGUCACAGUUUUACCAAACUUGUACAUGGUGGAAACAGUUGACUCUCAGAAGCUUGCUCAAACACUAAAUAAUAACUGGGAAAAAUUUAAACGUCCAGGAAAGCUGAAAGUGAUGGUACAAGUUAACACUAGUGGUGAACAAAAUAAAUCAGGGUGUGAUAAAGAAACUAUGGUACAAUUAACUACAUUUAUUCGAGAUAAAUGCCCAUGUUUAGAAUUUAGCGGCAUUAUGACAAUUGGAGCUUAUGGUUACAAUACUGCAGAAGGUCCAAAUCCAGAUUUCUUGAGUUUAGUGAAAUAUAGGGAAGAACUGUGUGCAGCUUUAGGCCUAGAAUUGCGUGAUGUUGAGUUAAGUAUGGGCAUGUCAACUGAUUAUGAACAUGCAAUUGAGCUUGGAAGCACAAAUGUAAGAGUUGGAAGUACAAUUUUUGGCGCAAGAAAAGGGCCCAAUCAGCCAGUUGCAGGAAAUCAGCCUCAAUCUGAAUCAAGCCAAUCACAACCUUCCGGAUCUAGUCAGUCUGAUUUAAACAGCCAAUCACAAGACAGAUGUUCUCAGUCAGCAAAUGAGAGUCCAUCAGGAAACAAUUUAAGCCAAUCAGCGCAAAGUAGUGUAAAUGAAACUGUACAAACACCAGAGGAAAGAAAUUGUGAUACAAAUUCAAGAGACUUUUCAAGUACAUUGCAAAAUCUUAAUUUAUGCUAAUACAGCCUGAGUUUUAACAGUUUUGAUUUUGACUUAUUAUGUGUAUAUUUAUCAAAAUUGUAAUUAGUGUUGCUGAGAUUUUAUCAAUUGUCAAAUAAGCGGAACAAGAAUCUUCACGGGGAAAUUGCACUCUUGUGUCUGGAUUUAAUAAUAAGGUGUCUGGAUUCAACAAUGAACUUCUCCAUUAAAACUUCUUGUCAGAUUUACUUUGACCUUCUAAGUUUGUUAUGUUGAUACAAUAUCAAUUGAAUCAUCACCAUAUUUAACUUUCAUUAAUGCUUGUAUGACACCCUCUCAAGUUUGAAAUAGAAAUACCUUGAAAAGUCUUCUUCUCAUGAGCUUGUGACUAUUUAAUUUUCUUCCAUCCAGUUUGUGAAAAUUGGUUUGUUUUCUUUUCUUUUUAAUUGUCUCCUUGCUUUUUAUAUAGAAAAUACAUUUUAUGUUUAACAUAACACUUGAUCCUUAACCUAUGCAUGAAUUACCACCAAACUUUUUAUAUAGCCUCAUUAUGUGAUCUUGACAUGGUCCUCUUUCAAUUUUGAGCAAAUAUUUGGAAGCACAAAAGCUAUAAGGAA